GAGUCUUCACUCGCGUAAAACAUAUAGCCUUCUUCUUUGGUCAAAACCUCAUCUGCUGAAACUAUGGCAUAUGGUUUUAAUUUGUUUUCAGGUUAUGAAUGAGAGCAGAGGAUGAGCAAUUGUACAUGUAACCGAGAGGGCGGUCGCUGUGCCGAGAUGGCGAUGGUCUGCCUGACUGACUUUGAGGAGUAUGCCAAGGAACACCUGUCAAAGGCCACCUGGGAUUAUUAUGCAGCUGGAGCGGAUGAUUGCUGCACCAGAGAUGACAAUCUGCUGGCAUACAAGAGGAUCCGGCUGAGGCCUCGGGUCCUUCGGGAUGUUUCAGUCAGUGACACUCGGACCACAGUUCAGGGCACAGAGAUUAGUUUUCCUGUUGGCAUUGCACCUACAGCUUUUCACUGUUUGGCCUGGCAUGAAGGAGAGGUGGCUACAGCACGAGCCACAGAGUCCCUGAACACCUGCUACAUUGCCAGCACUUACUCCACCUGCUCCGUGGAAGAGAUCGUAGCUGCAGCGCCAAAUGGUUACCGCUGGUUCCAGCUCUAUGUGUAUCGAGACCGGAAAUUGUCCGAGCACAUUGUGCGGCGCGUGGAGGAGCUCGGGUACAAGGCCCUGGUUCUCACUGUAGACGUGCCCUACACCGGCAAACGCAGGAAUGACAUCCGCAACCAGUUCAAGCUCCCUCCACACCUCAAAGUCAAGAACUUUGAUGGAGUUUUUCAGGAGAUGGCUGGGCUAGAGGAGUACGGGGUCCCAGCUAACACACUGGACCCCUCCAUCAGCUGGAAGGAUGUGCACUGGCUACAGUCCAUCACUCGCCUGCCCAUCAUCAUCAAAGGCAUCCUGACCAAAGAGGACGCAGAGCUGGCUGUGGAGCACGGGGUCCAGGGCAUCAUUGUGUCCAACCAUGGGGGGAGGCAGCUGGAUGGAGGACUCGCCUCGAUUGAUGCUUUAACAGAGAUCGUGGACACAGUGCAGGGCCGAAUAGAAGUGUAUGUGGACGGAGGGAUCAGGACCGGCAGUGACGUUCUCAAGGCUCUGGCUUUAGGAGCCAAGUGUGUAUUCAUCGGACGCCCAGCUAUUUGGGGUUUAGCCUAUAAGGGUGAAGAGGGAGUGAGAGAAGUCCUACAAAUCUUAAAUGAUGAGUUUCGCCUGUCCAUGGCACUGUCAGGUUGCAGGAACGUGGCUGAAAUAAACAGGAACCUCAUUCAGUGUUCUAAACUGUAAUUCAACAGCAGGGGGCAGCACCAAGACAGAAACAGGAUUUUUUGACACUAAUGAAGAUAAUCAGUGAAGAUGUAGACACCACAAAACUAUAUUCUCACGAAGGGAAACCAAAACAUUCUAAUCAGGCUUCCUUUGUGGGGAAGACAUGACCUACAUUCGAGUCUGCAAAAUUGUUAAGACUGAGAUAGGACACAUGAAUGAAAAAUGUAGAAAGUGUGAUUGUAAUAGAGGGGACUAGGCAUUGUGUUUAGCUCUAAAUCUCUUUGGACCUAACUGUAAAAAAUGCCGUUCUUAUGAUUAAAUAAAAGCAUGCUUAAAUU